AGGGACGAGUGUAACGAAUAGCGCAGGUUUUACUCUCUGGGUGACCCUUGUGCUUUAUUAUUCGCGGCCCCUUCCCUGCCUGCUUCUGCCGGAGCCCAUAGGCGCUCAAGGAGGAGGAGGCCUGAGGCCUAGCGCUGAGGGAGGCGGAGGUGGAGGCGGGUGGCCGCCCUUCCUGCGACGUCAGCCGCCCUGCAGCUCCCCUCCCUGCUGCCUUCCUUGCUGCAGCCUCCCUGGUUCUCCUCCUCCUCCUCCUCUUUCGUCCCUACAGCCGCACCUUCCUCCUCCUCCUCCUCCAUCUCUGCCUCAGUCCCUUCCUUCCUUCCUUCUCAGGGUUUGUGUUUAGCCUCCUCCUCCUCCUCCUUCAGCAGAGACACUUCAAGCAGGCUGCUUUUCCCCGAAGGGAAGCCUGGCUGCUGGACUGUUUGCCUUCCACCUAUAUAUAGACACAUAUAUAAUUGCAAUAUAAAAGGCAUCUUUGUUGGAAGAGAAGGAGGAGGAGGAGGAUCAGCAACAUGGCGAAAGCCGAGCAGGUCCUGAACCUGGAGCCGCAGCACGAGCUGAAAUUCAAAGGUCCCUUCACAGAUGUUGUCACUACAAAUCUGAAACUUGGCAACCCUACAGACAGAAAUGUCUGUUUCAAAGUGAAGACUACAGCACCACGCAGGUACUGUGUAAGGCCCAACAGUGGGAUUAUAGAUGCAGGAACUUCAAUUAAUGUCUCUGUGAUGCUACAGCCAUUUGAUUAUGACCCUAAUGAGAAAAGUAAACAUAAGUUCAUGGUUCAGUCAAUGUUUGCACCGCCUGAUACUUCAGACAUGGAAGCAGUAUGGAAAGAAGCAAAACCAGAAGAACUCAUGGAUUCAAAACUUAGAUGUGUGUUUGAGCUGCCAGCAGAAAAUGAUAAACCCCAUGAUGUAGAAAUAAAUAAAAUUAUAUCCACAACUGCAGUAAAGACAGAAUCUUCUGUAAUGUCAAAAUCAUUAAGUUCUUCUUUGGAUGACAGUGAAGUUAAGAAAGUAAUGGAAGAGUGUAAGAGGCUUCAGUUAGAGGUUCAGAGGUUACGAGAGGAGAAUAAACAAUUGAAGGAAGACGAUGGACUGCGGAUGAGGAAGGCUCCCCAGACAAACCAUCCGACCUUUGCUUCGGCUGCUGCUGUGAAGGAGGAGGGCCUCAGCACUAGACUACUCGCACUGGUGGUUUUGUUCUUUAUUGUUGGCGUAAUUAUAGGGAAAAUUGCCUUGUAGAGGCCGCAUGCUGAGGAUUGUAAAUUGGAUUGAUGGAUCUGCCAUAUCAUUGGAUUAAAUUUAUUCAUAACAAAAUGUUUAAAAAAAUGUAUGACAUCUCACAGGUCUUGCCUUUUAAAUUUUUAUCCCCUGCACAAAUAUAACAUUAACAUUAACAUAAUCUUCUAGAAAGUUUUUUAAAAAGGUUCAAGGAGCAAGCAGGAGAAGAGAGGGGAGUUAUCUUGAUUGUGAGGAAGAAAUCAUGUAUUUAACACUAUAAUGGCGCAUUGUUUAGGAAGAAAAAGUAACUUUAAACAUUUCUUGGACUUUGGUACCUAUUACUGGAAUUCUCUUCUUUGGGAGGCAGAAAAAAUAUUUCUCCACUGAAGGAGCUGAUCCUUUUGGUUAUUUAGAUGGUAGCUUGGGCAGACGAGGUAGAAGGCUCUCUGUAAAAUAGAUGAACCCACCACUCUUCCUCAUAAACGUCCAGUGGGUAUGACUCGGGUCUCAGAAUCUCAGCUGUGUGGCUCUGACCCUCCAAACAGUUAUUGAUGGAGCUUCAAGUGUGACCUUGCCUCUCUUGGCCCUGCACCAUCCACAGGGACUGUGAAACAUUCAAGUGUGGAAGAGCAGAACUAUGGGAAGAAAUGGACAAGUUGGGUGCCCCAGAAGGGAGCCAGCAGCACCAAUGCUGUAACAGUGUUUCUGUAAUUGGUCCCAGCCAGUUGCUGUGCAAAUAGGUAUAACAUAACAGCUUCUGAUGAUUUGGAGCUGCCUUGGAGUGGAGAGAAAGAGAAAUUGAAGGGAGAGGUCAGGUGCAUGCUCCCCCCCACCUUGUUAGGCUAGCAGUGGGGGGACUUAGUUGCUGGGGGUGGGUAGGAAACAUAAGGGUGCCUCUUUCCCCAGCCCAGCUCAAUCAGCCUGUUGCACCAAGUGCUCCAAGUUGAACUAGAGGUGUGGCUCUUGUAUCACCAGACUUUGUAGGGGAGAGGAGCACUGCCUUAAGGCUGUUUGCAUUCAAUAUUUAGUUGGGUAUGCUGCCUGGCUUUUGUCCCACCUGUUUUCCAGUCCAGAUGACACUCUGUUAAUGGGGACCAUGCGCUUCUACCACUUUAUCCCAUCACAUUCAUUUUUGCAACCCCCUGUUUGUUGCAUUCUAUGGAGACCUUUUCUUCUUCAGCACUUGCACCCACAGCAAACUCUCACAGGCUUAGCCACACGCUGCUGUGUGUGUGGUAUGUGUACUAGUAUGUAUGUAUGUCAUGUAACUUUUUUUGCCCCUCUUUAACCAUUGCGGUCUCUUGAUGCUUUUGCUGAUCAGGCUUCUGUCCUGAACCAGAUAAAAAGCAGCCAUGUAUUCAAUCUCAUGGAGAAGAGAAGGGAAGGAGCCUUUUGAUGUGCCCAUCUGUAUUAGGACAGUCCAGACUUUGCUGUGUUCUCCAUCCUUUCUCUCAAUAGCCCAGCUAGAGAGAAAGAGAGAAAUGUAAUAUUUUUCUCCCUCUUCACCCAUCAACUGUUUAGUGCUGGUUCUUGGAUGAAAUUACAUCUAGGAGACAGCAGCUCUUAGACUGCAGCUGAUAGUGAAAAAGAGACACAGACUGCAGCUGAUAGUGAAAAGGAGACAAGAUUUGGGGAUGCAUGCUUGGAGGAGCUUGUGGCAACCUAGUGAUCCUGUGUACAGGAGAGUAGGCUUAUAUAUCCAGCUUUUGGCUGUCUCACAUUGUCUUCAGUGUAACUGGUAAUCAGGACACUUUGAGUAGCAAGGAAUGUACACCAUCUGAAUGCAGCCUCACUGCAAAAUUGAAAGGUACCACUAGGCAGUCAUCUGUGUCUCAGGUUGUGUGGAAUGAGGGUUGAUACCUUGUUCUUCUAAAAGGGGACCAAGCUACCAUUGCUGUUGGUUCACGUAGCUGAGUUAAAACUCUCAUACCCAUACAUUUAAUGCAUAUUUAACUUAUUUAAUGUGUUUCAUCUCAAUGUUUUCUUUAUUGUCAUGGAAAAUUGACUACUGCUAUAAAUUGGCUAAAGAGAAAAGAGGGAAAAGGCACCUGUUCAAAGUUGGUGAAAAGAACAAUUUCUUUUUCUUUUUCUUGCUGUAGUGGUGAUGGAUUCUUCUGCCUCCUAAUACUUUGGGCACUACAUAAUUCUCAGUUUUUGAUCAUCUAAACAUUGGGGGGGGAACUGCAGUCAGGAAAACUGUUUUGUAUAUAAAAUAAGUCUAUGUAGGGGAAAAAAUAGUAGGAAUUAGUUCUAUGCUGUUAAAAAAAAUAAAAGACCAAUCCUGUUUGACUAUGUAGCGUCUUUAAAAAAAAUCAAAUAAAUCUACCCCCAUAUUGA